AUGUUCGUGUCCGGAGCCGAGUUGGUGGUACCCAUGCUGCGUGUUUGCACGCGAACGUGGACACGCGACAGCCAUGAUCUGUUCGACUACGAGACACAGGACCCGAAGCAGCUGGCGGAGCGCCACUUCGCGGCAUCCAACAGUUUUCGGCUGUUGCGUACCGAGUCAACGGUUGCACCGGUAACUGCGCUGUCCCAAACGGAGGCGACCAAUGGUGAGCGCGAACGCGACCAUUUGCUGAGUGUAUUUUGCCGUCGCCCCGGUGAGUACACAUUAGCCCCCGCGGAGAGAGUGCCGGGGCAGUCGCUCGUUCCCCAGCGCCUAUGGCUGGUGGUGCGAGCGCUGCCUAAUAAGCGGUAUGCGUUGCAGGAGCACGACGUCGUUAAGCUGGGUCGCUAUCGCCUUCGCGUCAAGAAAAUCGUCCCCAAGGAUGCACUGGAAGGGUUCGACAUGUCCACUCUGCUGGACUUCCCGGUGCCGGAGCUGGAAUUGCCCGUGCCUGACGGCAGCAUGAUGCAAUGUCGUAUUUGUCUGUCGGAGAGCACGGAUGACGACCAGUUGUUGUGUCCUUGUGAGUGUAAGGGUUCGAUCAAGUACGUUCACGCGGAGUGCAUGCGUCGAUGGAUCCACCUUCGUGCCUUGAAGGACUCCAAGGAAUCGGAGCAGCCGUUAAAGGCUGCGCUUUUGUGCGACUCUACGUGUGAAUUAUGCAAGGCACGCCUGCCCCCCUUCGUGCGCGUGAAGGGCGAGCUCGUCCCAUUGGUGAUGAUGCCGAACAUGUCGUGCCCCUUCAUUCUGCUGGAGAAUGUGACCCCCCAUUCAAGCAGAGGUUUGCAUUUUAUCAGCGUUCAGGAUUCCGAUUUCGUUCGUCUCGGCCGCGGCCACGACGCCUCUGUGCGAAUUGCCGACGUGUCGAUCUCCCGCAAUCACGCCACCAUUCUGUACGAAAACGGCACCUUUUUCCUCGAAGACCACGACUCCAAAUUCGGCACUCUGGUGGCUAUGCGUCGACCUACGCCGAUCACCUCCUCUGAGACCGUGGCGGUUCAGGUCGGUCGCAGCUUGAUCGAGUUGACUGUGGAUCCCACCAUAAGGUUCGCGGCCGGCUGCGUCGACAUUCCGCCUGUGCUUGGCAGUUUUAACUUCUGCAACGUGCUGAGCCUGCCAGUCGUCAUGAGCGAGUCCGCCACCCCUGUGGUGUCGGUGAUGGGUACUACUCCCGUCGGGUCCACGCCGCAGAACACGGACGAGUCAAUGGGCACAACGGGCGACAUAUACAGCCAGGAGUUUAUGAUGCGCUUAGGCGGCAGCAGUCCCAUGAACGCAGAGGCCGGCGACUCGGUACACGCCCUGUCGUCUGGUCGUCAAAACGUUCCUGUCUUCCUCCCCGACACGAACCAGGGAAUGCAAUCGGAGGACGGAUCCACAUUCCAAAACUCGUUUGAUCUCGAUUCCUUAUUUGGAAGACAGCCGUGGGAUUCUGUAUACGGGGAGGAGACGAAUUCGCAUAUGAUGUACGGUUCGAACGGCGAAGAUCCCUGUCUCGGACCGACGACUGAUGGCGUCGCGUACCUACGACUCAUCUUGAACACUCCCUCGAGAAACCAAAUUCUGCGCAACCUGCGCUACAACAAUCGGAUGAACUCCCCAAAUCGCACCAUCCAACAGACGGAGACUCCCUGCUGCCCGUCGCAGAACCAAGCCAUGGGUUUCCCGACGACACCCGCGGACGAAUCCAGCGCCAACCCCUGUUUCCUGCCGGACAACGCGUUCAUGAACGUGGACGGUGCGCGCGAGGCCUCCGGGAGCGACACUGGUACCAGUGCGUUAGAGGCCAACCGAGUGAACCCCUCCCCGGUGACAGAGAACGUGCACAACGUGGUGCAGUGGAUGCCGCUCGGACCUGGGUCCGGCGCGCCCAUGCAUCCGCCGAAAUGA